GGAAAAUGCAAGCCAGGUAAGUUGGCCUACGCAACGAUACCGUUGUCGCUUGACCUGUAGCUAACACCGUACUAGGCGCGCACCAACAUCAACAAUUCUCUACACAGCCUAGAUCUAGCCCUCGAACGCAGCCAGAACCGGCCUGCAGGCGAGUCGGACGACUCGUCUUCGUCCGAACUAUCCUUGACCGUUGGACUAGAAUUCAUGCUCCGUAGUGUUGCGGACAACGUGAGCUCCCACGCCCCUGGAGCCCAAGGGGGACUCUUGAACCAGAUCAAGGUAUUUAAUGCGCAGCUUGAGGCCGCCGCACGAACACUUGAGAGUUGAUUUCUGAAUUUUUUGUUCUCUCUUCGAUUUCCGUUCUCAAAUACCCCACAGCAUUGCAAUAGUUUCGUCUUUGUGUGAUGAAUAUGUAUGACGGCGAUGGCAGUAUACCAUGGGUUCAAUGGCUUUAUUUUUUCUUUUUUAAUUUUCUUUCUGGAUACCUCGUUCUCUCACUCUUUGCUUUUCUUCUACCAGGGGGGGGAAGAACGUCGAACCAAAAUAGCAUUCAAGGUGUUCCGGUGGAUUACGGGCGAUGGACUCUUCUUAGAAUAAGGACUGCCUUGUGGAUGGAAAUAUAAUGCGAUGGCGUACAUAUAUCCAGUCUGAUGCUUUGCCUCGUCCAAGUGUACAAUGGGAUGUCACUAUUGUUCUUUUCCUAUCAUAGCCUGGUUGAAACCAAUUCAGAUUCGAUGUUUAUAGGAUCGACAAGUCGUGAUAAGAAUAAACCCGGGGUAAACAUGACAGUCGUGGUUGAGAUAGUCUCGAGGGAGCGACCGCUUUAUUGACAGGGAUAAGGUGCACUAACGCAAGUAUAUGCAGAAAUGUACGUCAUAAAAUCUCCGUCUACCUACAGAGUAUGUACUAGGAGUUGAUGCAUCUUCUACUCCAUCCAUAGUAUACAAGUUUGAUCGAUAAUGGAUUCAGAUUACUAAUGACACGGAAGUAAAAAGUCGAACAUCGGAUAUAAAGGGCGCCGCAUGAUUAAGUUUUCCGCUUAUGUGAGCCAAU